GCACUGGUAUGCGGCAGGUCCUGGCUUGUUCAGCAGACUCUUCUCUACAGUUCCAUUUGGCGGGAAGCCUUAGCAUUGAACGGUUGUGGUGUUAAAGUGCGAAAUAUGGAACCCUGCGCAGACGGUCGGUCAAUGCGACUUAAGCAACGUUCAGUCACUGAAUUCUUGACAGCCGAAGGUGUCACCCCAAAGGAGAUUCAUCAGAGAAUGCAAGGUUUAUGGUGAUUGUGUUGAUCUUCCUCGGAAGGAAAACAUGCUGCGACGCAGUGAAAGAUUGGCGGCCCUCCCGCCUAUUUCCUAUAGAGAGACCGGCGUAAGGAGGGUCUUCAAAAAGAUCCGCAGAAAAAGCCACAUCUCUGCUGGUGAAAGGGUCUUUGAGUCCGACUUUGGCAUGAACGACAGCAUCCCUUGCUGUACCCCCACUUGGACCGCACCACGAAGACGUCAGAGGAAGACUCUCUGGAUGGGGCUGAUUUUCCUGGCAUUCCUUUUCGGGAUUUCCUUAAAAUUCAUUCUCAGCGCCAGGCUUUUUGCAGAGAAGGAAAAAGGCAAUACUGUCAAGACCUUUCUAGACCUUCCAGUUCAGGAAGAGACAGCACCUGUGAGGCAAGAAAAUGAAGGCGUAAAGAAAAAUCUGGAACAGGAAAUGGCUGUUUCCCUUCCACAAACGCCUGAACUUGACAUUCCUCCUGAUAACACUGCUGAAGAUAUCAAUGAAAAUUGUUACAUCGUUCAGCCAAAUGCCUACAAAGAAUGGAGUGAUGACGCCACCAAGGAGGAUUUUCCUUUUAAAUCUUUAGGAGCAUUUGUGGCAAAAAUUAGUAAAACAUUAGAGCCAGAAGCAUUGGUUUGCCUGAUGGGCUUCUGCUGGAUUUAUCAGAGGUCACCAAAUGUCAUUCUGCAGCUGCUGUUGCUUCCGUUUGCCUUGGCUCUUUGUACCAUUUCAUGGACCUUGAAUUGAAGACUGCAACCUCUGGACCUACAUCUUCAGAGGUUGUGAGGGAUCGUGUCUGGAAGGAUGGCAAUAUUUAAAACUUGUGAUUUCAAGCAAUUGGAAUAACCCAAACUACACGUGUAGAUAUGAAGUUGGUGUAUAUAAUUAAAUAUUAGCUGUUAGGUUAUAGAUAUAAAAUAAAAAUGUGUUCAAAAGAAAAUGGGUAGACUUGUGGCCAGUGAUCAUUAAAGAAGUGAAAAGAACAUGCCGCAAAGAAGGAGAUUGGAAGUCGACGAUAUCCCUUAUUCCCUCCCCGAUCUCCCGUACCCAAUUACCUUCAGUGUUAGACAUAUAGAAUAGAGUAGAGUAGACCUAUAGAGUAGAGCUAUCCUUUCCUACUUUUCUAUCCUUAAUGAUUGUUCCCCCACUUUUUAAUGUAUUACUUUUGAAA